AUGUCCAACCGAGUGGUCCGCUGGGAAGCCAGCCACUCUGGGAACUGGUACGCAGCCUCAGGACCACAGCUGAAUGCACAGCUAGAAGGUUGGCUUUCACAAGUAAAGUCUACAAAAAGACCUGCUAGAGCCAUUAUUGCACCCCAUAAGGAUGAGUUUACCAUUAUUCCUGUACUGGUUGGAGCUCUGAGUGAGUCAAAAGAACAGGAAUUCAGAAAACUCUUCAGUAAAUAUCUAGCAGAUCCUAGUAAUUUCUUUGUGGUUUCUUCUGAUUUUUGCCAUUGGGGUCAAAGAUUCCAUUACAGUUACUAUGAUGAAUCCCAGGGGGAGACUUACAGAUCCAUUGAACAUCUAGAUAAAAUGGGUAUGAGUAUUAUAGAACAAUUAGACCCUGUAUCUUUUAGCAAUUACUUGAGGAAACACCAUAAUACUAUAUGUGGAAGACAUCCCUUUAGGGUGUUAAAUGCUAUCACAGAGCUCCAGAAGAAUGGAAGAAUAUGA